AUGCUCUGGUCAUCAUCCGACUUUUCCGUCGGUUUCGCAGCCGGAUGUCUGACCAUCAUUGUCCUGCUGGCCAUCGCGGCCUUUACGCUCACUCGAACCGCCGACAUUUACGGCCUGGGCCACUGGAAGCUCAACGUGAGGACGCCGCUCCCAUCCAUGUGGAUGAACCUGGGCUUCUGGACUCGAGAUGACGGCAAACCCAUCCACCACUUUGACGAGGCUGCGCGCACCAUGCUCGAGAAGCUCUUACAAGCCGCAGGCCUCACAUCCGCCGCAAAAUCGCAACACUCCGUCGCCGUCCUAGACGUCGGCUUCGGAUGCGGCGACCAGACCGUUGCCCUCGCCGAGCUCAUCCAAGCUUCUUCACGGCCCCAGUUUCGCUACGUUGGACUCACCCUGAACGCCGUGCAGCUCCAAGCAGCGCAGGAAAGGCUCGAUGCCGCACUCGCCAUUCAAGAAGGAGAAGAAAGCAGCGUGCUUGGGCUCUCCGAAAGCUGCUUCAAGCUGUUCCAGGCGGAUGCAGCUAAGCCCGAGUCCUGGAAUAGUGCUGUUUGCGCUUCUGUCGACGGGUUGGCGGACGAGACUUUUCGUGAGCGCUGGCUCAUGGGCUUGGAUUGCCUGUAUCACUUUUCGCCGUCGAGGAAGCCCAUCUUCAAGCGCGCUUCUCAGACGCUAAGCACAAAUGUCAUGGCCUUUGACUUGAUCCUCAGCGACACGGCGUCUGCGUGGCAAAUCCUGGCCGUCAGGAUCUUGGGUUUCAUCCUGUUGUGUCCAUGGCGCACCUUUUUGACCGAGGAGCAGUACCGGGACCAGCUCGUCGAGUGCGGCUACGAUAGGGCGUGCGUUGAGAUUCGGGACAUUUCAGACCAUGUUUUUGGAGGGUUGGCGGGUCACUUGCGGAAACAAGAUGCUGCUUUGAGUCCGUAUGGUAUCUCGUUGUCAGGGUAUACGAUGGUGGGGAGGAUAUAUGAGUGGUUUGAUCGGACGAGAGUGUUGAAGGCUGCGAUUGUCGUUGGGAGAAUAAAGAGCAAAAGCCAGUAG